UUGCCCUAUAAGCAAAAAGAAAGGAAGUAGAUUAGAUUUUAAACUCUUCAAACUGAAAACGCACAUCAUUCUAUUUCCAGCUCGUCCAUUGUUUUUGUUAGAUCUGCAAGGGGAGAUUGGACUCCAGCUUAUAAGGCACAUGCAAGGAUGAGUGUCGAGUACCAUGCAUCCACACAUGGCAUUGAGGAGAGUAAAAUUGCCUACAAGCAGUUUUUUGAAGAAGGCAGCAAAUUUCACUCUGCAGUUUAUACAGUGAGAACCAGCCCUUUCAAGCUUGCCACAGUGUGCCUGGGGUUGCUGUGUUUACUCCUCUUGGCUGGUGUCAUAGGUCAAACGAUCCACUAUCAAAAUGUGGAACGAGACUAUCAGAACAGCUCAAAAGCCAUGAGUAUGGAGAAUCAGAACCUGCAGCAAAACAUAAAAGCUGUGCAAAAAGAGAAACGGGAUACGCAGAUAAGCUAUGAUCGCUUACAGGAAAAGUACAACUACUUAUCUAACAGCAGAGAACGGUUGCAGACCAAUUACAAUUCACUGAUGGAGGAAAAACAACAGCUUACAGAAAGCCAAGCCCAGUUAAAGGACAAUAACACUGCUUUAAACCAAGAUUUGAAAAAGCUAACAACUCUUAAAAACCAGCUGCAGUUGAGCAAUGAUGCCUUGACUACAGGCAAAGACUUGCUACAAAAAAAUUAUGAUUCAGUCCUCAAGCAAAGAAAUGACUUGCGGACCAGUUAUGACUCUGUGACCAAAGAGAGGAACAACUUACAGAACAAAUUCAACAAUGUAACCAGAUCAAGAGAGCAGCUGCAGAAUAGUUACAACGACUUGAUUAAGACAGUGGAAAAUCUGCAAGAUAGCUACAACUUCUCUACAAGUGAGAAGGACAAGUUAGCAAAAGGUCACCAAAAUCUGACUGUACAACUUGAGCGUCUUCAGUCUACCUACAAUGUAAUCAAAAAAGCAGAAAAUGUCCUGCGGGCUAAUUAUGACUCAUUGGUUAAGGAAAAAAAUGCUCUUCAAAGCAAUUUUCAGAAUGUAACAUCAGAAAGAGACCUGCUGAAGGUGAAUAAUGAAAACCUGACUGCUGAGAGAGUAAAGCUGUUGGAGGAAAUUAACAGACUGAAUGCAACAAUGCAAGAGAAGAUAUGCCCCACUGGCUGGAAGAAGUUUGAGCACAGCUGCUACUUCACUUCAGUUAGCAAAAAAACGUGGGAAGGGAGCAGAGCUGACUGCCAGAAUAGAGGAGCAGACCUGGCAAUAAUAAAAAGCCAAGAGGAAAUGACCUUCAUCAAUGGCUUGUAUAGCAGUGACAAAGAAGUCUGGAUUGGACUGACUGAUGAAGGAGUAGAGGGCCAGUGGAAAUGGGUGGAUGGAACUCCAUUGACCUUAACGUUUUGGGGUAAAGGCCAGCCCAACAGCUAUGAUGGGAGAAACCAAGACUGUGUGGAGUUUUGGCACCGCACAUCAGGCAUCGGUGAUUGGAAUGAUGAGAACUGUAAUGUUGAACAAAACUGGAUCUGUGAGAUGUAGUUUUUCCAGAAUGCGUUAGGUGAUACUUACUGUUACCAAUGAACAUCAUGUAAUGUAAGAAUAGAAACAUAUAAAGGAUUAUAAUAGUAUGUUUUACAACUCACCAAUUUAUUCAAACGUCAUCUGUUGGAGCAAAUACAGAUUGAUGUAGCUUGUUGAAUGAGUGACCCAAAAGGGACUCCAAAAAUAUCUGCGUAUACUGUUUAUCAUCUUAUUCCUGACUCUGAUGGGGACACAGUAUCUGUCACUUGCCAACAGAUAUUUUUGAAGGUACAAUUAAUUUGAAACAUGUAACUUGCCCAUAUGCUAGUUUGCAUGAAAUCAUUUUACUGUCAUGACCAUUUAGUACAUUGAUUAAUGAAUGCCUUUACAAAGACUUGUACUGUUAUAAUCAGUUAUAUUAUUAUCAUUUAAUUAUGCUGUACUUGCUUAUCAGUGAUUUUUUGUGACUGGGAAAUGGUACCAAAUUAAAUGCUGUGUAAUUAUGGAUAUAUUAAUUUACCACCAUUCAGUUUUUGCUUUCAUUAUUACAAUUAAAUAAAAUGUGAUUUUCA